GGCCUGGGUUACGAUGCAGUUCUAACUGGGAAAUGAGAGGACUGACCAGAUGGAAACAGAAAUCAAAGUCAGAGGGGAAGAGUGUGGAGAAACAUAUAUCUAUAUUCAACACAAAGCAAGGUUAAGGUUUUAUGAAAUAGAGGAACAGUGUGGAAAGGUCCAGCGGUAACGAGCAGAGAAAACAUUGGACACAGAAGUUUUAAAUGCACACUUUUAGAAAACAGGUUUCUGUGAUAUGUGCCAGGAGACGGAAACAGUUGAGGCUACAGUAAAAGGGAAGUAGGAGAGUUGUGACAACCUCAGAGUUAUAUUGGUUUGGAGAAAGCACUCAGGGGAGAGGAGUUACACAUAUUUCGUUUUUUAAGAAUGUCUGGUCUGGACGUUAAAACAGUACAAUCCAGAGGGAGGCAGUAAUGCAACACUGGAUGCAAACUGCCGAAGAAGAACCCAGUUCUCUGCUAGUGGAUCUAAUGGAAGCUACUUGACGAUCUAAAAACUGUCCAAACGUUCAGACCUGUUUCACCACUUGUUUCGCUGUCCCUUUUAUGAAAACUACGUCAACAGUCUGUGUGUCUCAGCCGUGAGGAGACGUCCAGCUUCAGGAGGAGCAGAGCAUGACGAGAUGAAUGGGGUGAAAGCAGAACCACAAGGAGAGGAUGAGGAGGGUCUUCCUGCUGAAGACAUCAAGACCUCAAAAAAGAGACGCCCUCCACCCAAACUCGUGCACAGAUGUUUGGUAUGCAGCCGCAUGUUCUCCCGGCCCUCUCGGCUGGCGGACCACAUGACCAUGCACACUGGAGAGAAACCGCACGGCUGCUCCGUGUGUGGGAAGAGUUUCGCCAAUAAGACCAGCCUGGCGCAUCACAAGCGCGUUCACACCGGUGAGAAGCCGUACUCCUGCGCGGACUGCGACGCCAGCUUCCGCCUGUACGGCUGCCUGGCGCGCCACCGGAUGAAGCACACCGGGGAGCGACCGCACCGCUGCUCCACCUGCGGCCGCGGCUUCAUCCGGCGCCGGUUUCUCCUGGAGCAUGAGCGGACGCACACCGGAGAGAGGCCUUUCGGCUGCACGCUCUGCCCCAAAAGCUACCCUUCCCGGGCGUCGCUCAGCGAGCACCAGUGGAGCCACAGCUCCGGCAGCAGCUGCUCCGUCUGCGGGAAGGACUUCCCCACAGCUGGCUCACUCAGGGUGCACCUGAGGUUGCACGCCACCAAAAACAAAAAAACACACCAGUGCACGCUGUGCAGCCGCAGCUUCAGCAGACCCUACCUGAUGAGGAAACACCUGCAGACGCACGACCUGCAGGAGGCAGAGGUGCUCACAGCUGCAGACAGAAACGAGUUAAACAUAAAGACUGAAGAGGAGGAAGAGGAGGUACAGAUGGUGAAGAUCGAGGAGGAAGGUCUGAACGAGCAGGACUCAGAGGACCUUUCUCCCCCCGCAGAGUCCAGACCAGAUGUCAAUGAAGGCACCCCACUGUCGAAAGAGGAGGAAAGAGAGGAGGAGGAGGAGGAGGAGGAGGAGGAGGAAGGAGUUGUCAGCGGUUUAAUAAACUCUGACGGGGAGGAUGAGUCUCAAAUCGAACAAGUUGGCAGCUCAGAGACGGAGGCAGACGGGAAGAGCAAAUACCGCUGUCGGGUCUGCGGUCGGGACUGCUUCAAGGCGUCAGCGCUGCAAAAACACCUGAGGAUCCACUCCGGGGAGAAACCCUUCCAGUGCCCCACCUGCAAGAAGAGCUUCACACAGCAGGUGCACAUGACGGAGCACCAGAGGACCCACACCGGGGAGAAACCCUACAAAUGCAGCACCUGCAACAAGAGCUUCACCUUCUCAAGCGCGAUGCGACGCCACGAGCGGCAGCACUCGGGGGUUCGAUUCCAGUGUACAUUCUGCAGCAAGAGCUUCAGCCGCUCCCCGGAGCUCACCUGCCACAUGAAAAUGCACUCUGACGCGAGGCCAUACUUCUGCCACAUCUGCAAGAAGGACCUGAGCGGAGGGCGCUUCUUCCGCAUGCACAUGAAGAAACACGAGGUGACAAACUAGCCGCACGAAGGAUCGACGGACAAAGACAAUAAUGCAGAAGUUGAAGCUUCAGAAUGUGAAACGCCACAGCAGUGACUCUAAACCCAGGUCAUCGAUCCUUCAGUUGAAUAAAUCAACCGCCUCCAUCUCAAACUGCAACACAUCUGAAAGAGAUUCUGCCUGAUUCUCAAAGUAUUCAGGGUUUGAAUCUGCACCAUGUCUGCACAUUUGAUCAUAACUAAAUCUGAAGAUGAAGAAACACGAAGCGACUAACUCGCCGCGAGAAGGAGCGACAGACAGAAAACAUAAUGCAGAAGUUGCAGCUUCCGGAAGUGAAAUGCCGCUGCAGUGAUAUUUAAUCUACCAACAGCAGUAGUGUUGGCAAAUCAGAAUGUAGAGCAGCGUAAUAUCUGACCUGUGAGCAUUUAUUGUUCAGGUCCGUAAACACGAGUCGACAAACUCCCCGCGAGAAGGAGCGACGCUGCAGUAAAAUCAAAAGCAGCUCAAACGGAUUAGAGCUGCACGAUUUGGAAGAAAGGUGUUUAAUUAGUCUGAUAAUGCAAUCCACUAUGAGUCAAAAUAUUAGAGGAAAUUAACAUUUUUAAAUUAUUUAAAAUAAGGAUUUAAUUUGCUAUCUUAUCUGCAACUCUACAAUACUCCUUACUGUUUUAUUUAAGAAAAGUUUGAUUUCUGCUGCUGCUUUUGUCCUGCACCUGAAAAUAAAGGCAGUUAACGUUAUUCGAUUAUAGAAGAAUCCUCAACGACUCGCUGCGUUCCAAUAAAAUGACUGAAACACUAAA